UAUUCGAUGCUAAGUUGUAAAAACCUAAAUAUGACUAAUACAUGACCCGGCAAUGUUAAAGCGAAAUAUUACAGAAAUAUAACCAUUGUUGAAUCAUAAAUCAUAGCAAUGAUAUGGCAAUCUAUUUGUAUUUUUAAUGCAUAGGAGUCAAUCAUCAGUGAUUUCUUUAGAAUCAAAUUUGUAUUAAUAUUUUUAUAUAAAGAUGUUUUGUGUCUUCACUACAAACAAGAGCACGGGAAGCGACCCCUGGUAGAUAUGUAUAUCUAUCUACCAUGCUAACGUGUACUUGAAGAAUUUUCAAGGGCAUAUUACCAUUAUGACUGAACGAAAACAUAGUCUCCUUAUAACACUUUGUUGUGUACAUGUAUAACACACAAGAAUCUAACAACAAAAUACCAGCAAAACGUGCUGUAGCCCAUAGGCCGUUGUAUCAUGGGAUUUAGUCAGAGACGGUUCAAAUAUGUUCUCGGCAGCUUUCGACGGAAGUGACCUCAUAUUUAUUUAAUACGUCGAGAAGCGGCUCAAACUAGUUUUUUAAAUUCGUGAUAAAUCGUGACUGAGUUUGUUUUGGUUUGAUGCCUAUAUCACACGAAAUGAAUCGACAGUACAACGAACGCCACAUACAAUGAAACACGGGCCGCAGCUAGAAAAUGAGUUUAUUUUUAUGCUGUCAAGUGAGAGACGUUGGUUAUCAAGUCGCGGAAACUCAAUUCAUCAGCGGCAAUUCUCUAGAAAGGAAACUAGAUAUUCUUUGGGUGCAAUGAUUACGAGUAUUUGAUAGGUGAUACUUCCCAUACAUUUUCAAUAGUUUAUACAGAAAUAUGCAUGAUAUAAAGGUAGCCACGACGCCGCCUAGUAUCCAAUCAUUUCUCAUUUGAUAGAAAAAUGAAGGAUAACGAAACUAAAAAUAAAAGAAGUCAACUGUCAUCGAACCAUCAACCAUAUCUUGAUGGAGGAUGGGGUUGGGUGGUGAUGAUUGCGAGUUUUCUCUCUCAGACCAUGAUUGGUUCUAUUUAUUUUGGAUACGGAGUCUUGUUGCCUGAGUGGAUGCGAGAAUUCCAAUCUUCCAGUGCGAUCACCUCAUUCGUUGGUAGUACGACCGCUGGAGCAAUUUCAGCUAGCGGUCCUAUAGCCAGUUUUCUUAUCGUUAAAUUUGGUUGUCGAGUAACUCAUAUGAUUGGAGGAGCAGCAAUGUCUUUAGCACUAAUAGGAUGCUUUUUUGCAACAUCCAUGUGGUUGAUAUUUUUGUUAUAUUCUGUAUGUGCAGGUAUAGGAGGGGGUUUGUGCUAUAUCCCAGCAAUUAUAACCAUUAGCGAAUUCUUCAAGGAAAAACGCUCAAUUGCUGUGGGAGUUGUAGCAAGUGGAAUUGGAUUUGGAUCGUUCGUUUUUCCUGUUGUUUUCGAGUAUCUUAUGGAAUUGUAUGGGUGGAGAGGCGCUAUUCUGCUAGUUGGCGGUAUAAACGCUAAUAUGAUAGUAUUCGGACUCAUUAUGUGUCCUGUCGAUAAAGCACCAAAUUUUACAUUGUUCUCUUGCUUCAAAAAGAACAAGACAGAAAGUUCUUCAAGUGUCGAAGUUGAAGUUAAGUGUGACCAGAAUGCCAAUUUACUAAAAAGUGAUAAAACAUUAGAGACCAAAGGUUCUGAAAUAUCUGCAAUAGAUGUGAAAGAUAAUCAGCCAAAAUUUCAGCGAAAAAAUAGUUUUCAAAUAAUGCGAGCUUGGCUCACAAAUCCGUUGACCCGGAGGAAGUCAUCUUUCGCUCUAAGUUCCCAGACUACGUCAGAAGAAGUUCAAGCUGAAAAUAUCGAAUCAAGCGAUGAGGUAUUCAAGGUAUCGAUUCCUGAAACUAUUCCAGAAGAGAGUCAGGGUGUUGAAAUAUCUGCACUUUUAGAACCAACAAUCGACAUCAAAAAGGAAGCAAAUUAUCUAAAGCAAACAAAAAUGUUGUUGAAAAAUCCUAAUAUUUAUAUUUUGCUUAUAAACAAUGUAACUGUAUUCUGUGGCAUGAUGAUUGUCUUUGGUUUAACUCCACUCCGUGCCUAUUACGAUUUGAACAUGACAAUUAAACAAGGUGCGAUUCUAGUAUCCAUCAUGGGACUGUCAAAUCUGAUGGGGCGUUUUCUAUGGGGUUUCGUUGCAGCAGUUAAGUGUGUACAUACUCCAACUUUAUUUAUAGCGUUGAGAAUUGCAUCCGGUGUACUCACUAUCCUAAGUCCUCUUGCAACAUCAUUUGAAUGGAAUGCUGUUUACUGUGGUCUAGUUGGAGCAGCUUUUGGACAUUGGUCAAUUUAUCCAGUCGUGGUUGCUGACCAGUUUGGGGAUGGUCUACUCACUGUUGCUUUUGGAUAUCUUGAAGUUGGAAAUGGACUGGGCAGUGUCAUAGGACCUUUAAUAGGAGGAUAUAUGUACGAUGUAUAUCAAGUUUACACAUAUUCGUUUCUGCUCAGCGGAAUGUUUCUAUUGGGUGGCGUUUUCCCACUGAUAAUAUCGUAUACGUUAAAAAGUUGCAAAAAGCAGCGAAUCCACACACCUGCUAUAUGAAAAGGGAAAAUUUCAGAAGACUAAAAAUGACUAAUUGUCAUGAUUGUUCCAGUUUUACUAUGUUGAAAACUGGAUAUCUGAAAAGUAACAAAAUCCUUAUGCUUCAAUACAACGAUCGUCGUCAAAAAAUAUUAAGCGAAAAUUUUCUAGGCAGAACAUGCUUACCUUUGCAAUUUACCUCCAUUUUUACAAGAAAAUGAAUGGCUGUGCAAAUAAGACAUUACAGGAAUACUGACACCUGUAUGAUUUAUCAAUAUAAUUUAAAACCAUUUAAUAAUAUACAUACAGUAUUUUCAUGAUUGCUACUUGGUAUUGGCCAAUCUAGAAUUGUAUUUUAGUUCAAUUUCAGCAAUUCUGUGCAAUUGAAUAAAACAGGCCUAAAAUUAUCAUGAUCCAGAAUGUGAGUCCUAUGUUUUGUUUUUACUAGUUUGAAUGAUAUCCAAUACCACAUUGUUUAAGUUUUAUUUGGGCUGUUUGGUACGUUGCACUUAUAUUAUAGGCACAAUGCCAAAGUAUAUCACGUUUUAGUGAAUACAUUGUUUUAUACAAAUUCUUUUACUAUAAAAAAUUGACAAAACAUUGAAAUAAAAACCUAUUUCCGUUUUUUCGAAUUCAAAAUGUGUUACAAGUAAAAUAUUUCAUUUCGAGACAAAUAGCGAACUAUGCAAUUGGAAUUAUAUUUUUCAUAAACUUUUCCUUGAUUUUAUCGUCUUUAUAUCGUUCUGUGAAUAUAUUGGUCACUCUUA